AAAAGCGAAAGGGGAUUUUUUUUCGCAGUAUUCACUAGACAGAGUCAGGUCCUGUGGAGGUGAAGUUCUAAUCAGUGGAAAGUAAAAAGUAAUACCUGCACCGAUUAGAAAGCCAAAACCCUUUCAUAAUUCUUCAUUGUCUCUUAAGGCAACAAUAGCAAAGCUUCUCUUAGUUGAAUGCAAAGCAGCAAGCCAAUACUAUGGCUGAGGGCGGAUUGCACAACGCCAAAAGAAGUGGCCUUUCAUCAGGCGAGGAGGAGACAGAGCCAAACACGCUGCUGCAGAAACUAAAGAGCAGCAUCUCCAAGAAUAUACAAACUAAAGUGGACUCAAUUUUACAAGAAGUGCAGCGAUUUUCAGACAAUGAUAAACUAUACCUGUACUUGCAGCUUCCAGCAGGACCCUGUGCUGGAGAAAAAAGCAAUGACCUGAGUUCCUUCAGUACUGCUGAUCAGCUUCAUGCAUGUAACUGGAUCCGUAGCCACUUGGAGGAGCACACAGACACCUGCCUACCUAAGCAGCAUGUUUAUGACGCAUACAAGAGGUACUGUGAUGACCUGCAGUACCGUGCUAUGAGUGCAGCUAACUUUGGAAAGAUCAUCAGGGAUGUUUUUCCCAACAUCAAAGCCAGGAGACUUGGUGGCAGAGGACAAUCCAAAUACUGCUACAGUGGCAUCAGGAGAAAGACGGUGCUAAAUAUGCCUCUGCUUCCAAGUUUGGACCUAAGGAAUGACCCAUCAGAGUUAACAGAACUCGUUCAGACAUACAAUAAUGAAGUGACAGAUGCUGCAUGCACUCUCAUCUGCGACUGGGCCGAGAAGAUCUUGAAACGUUCCUUUGACUCUGUGGUGGAGAUUGCCCGCUUCCUGGUCCAAGAACACAUUGUCAACCCACGCUCCAGUUCUGCCCAUAUUAUCAUGUCAGCCACCUUAGCUGCAGGCCCUGCAAAAUCACAUAGGGUUAUAAAGAAGACUCCACCAUAUCAGAGAAAUUCAACCAAAGAUGAAGAGGAAUGCACUCCAGUAACACAGACUGAAAAAGAAAGAAUGAUAACAGGGAAGCAGACAUUCCCUGAUAAAUCUCAGAAGUCCAUGGACAAUGCAGAAGAAAAGGUAGAAGCGGUUUUGAAACGCUACCCUCCAUUAAUGCCUCGGGUGGAUCCACAUGGUUCCCUCUGCUCUUCUCCACCUGUUCUAGCGCCAAAGGAUGCAAGUGUCAAAAUAACUCUGCCCAUUCCUGUUACAACCGCACCCCUCACUAUUUCUCCAGGAGUAGGCACUCAACAGCAAGGGCAGUUUUCAGUCAUCAAAGUAAUCAUGCCCACAGGCAAUGUAAGUGUCCCUUUUCCAGAAAAUUCUGUAUCUGCUGCAUCCAAUGAAAAAAAUACAAAUCCUUCUGCAUCAUCAGUAGCGUUUCCACGAAACAACAAUAAUUCCAAACGACAUGCAGAGCCCACAUCUGAAACUACUACCACAAAAAGGAAGAGAGGAAGGCCCAGGAAAUCUAGACCAAAAGAUGCAGAGCAAGAAAAGCAAACAGUAGAAUCUACACAAAGUGUAAUCCAAAGGGCAUUGUCAGUAAGUGGAGUGGGGCCCCAAGAACUUGAGCCUAAACAUCAACAAGUAACUAAUUUCAUUGAAAUUAUGAUAUCAGAAGACACUGUGAUGAGUGUGAUGCCCAAUACAAAUUGUCACAGCCAAGGUGAAGAGCCUCAACAAAUGGCACAAGGAGUUCACGGCAUUGAAGAUCUGCAAGAAACUGUAGACCUCACUAUUCCCAAUAAAGACUAUUCCAAUCCAGGAAAUGAUAUUUUAGCACCUGAAGAUGUAAGUGUUGCUGAAGGACUCGAGGCUCGUACCUGGGAAACCAGUAGAGCUAACGUGGAGGUCAUCAAACGAGGUCCAGGUAUUUCAUUUAAAUUGACCAAUCCACAGAGUCACAUUCAAGACACGGAGGGAGCAGAAAACCUGGAAAACACUGGAGGAGAAAUCAUUUUAACUAGUAUUAGCACAGAAGACAGUAGAAGAACGUGUGGGAGUCAGAGUGCAGAACAAUUGUCCUCAAGGCCUCUACAUGCAAUCCCGGGUUUGCCAGCAAUAGUGGAAGACUGCCAAACAUGCAAACACUGAACUCUUUUUACAAAUGAAUAUAGUGAAUAAGGAAGGGAAAAAAUCAUGAGAGACUUCAAAGAGAAUGUUCUGUGUAUUUAUGAUGAUGUUUAGCAGAACCUCAAGAUAACUACAUAUUUUCAUUCAGACUUAUAUUAGGAUUUUACUGGUUUUAAAAAUAUCCAUAUUUUGACAUAAAGAAAUCAUGUGUUCAUCUUCUUACUGUGAAAACUGAGAGAACAUUGUUCAGGUAUAUUGGCUGGACGGAUUUCUCUUUUUCUUGUUCUCACUUAGUAUGAAGGUGACUUCAUUCCUACACUAUUUUUUGUAUUCAGUAUGAUUUCAAUGAUAUAUUGGCUGUGUAAAAUUCAUUCAUAAAUUGCAUGUAAUGUUUUUUGUGAAUGUCUGCAAAGUGUACAGUAGGCAAUAUAGCACUCUGUUUAGCUUUUUUAUGCACUUACACACACACAUACAUAGAAAAGGCAUAUACUCAAUAUACACACAAUAUUAUGUAUUGCUACGAGCCUAGGGGCACCGGCAACCUAAUAUAUGAGACAACAGAAAAGAUUGUUUAAUCUAGACAUGGUGGUUGUGUUUGUUAAUGCUUGGUAGGCAAGAGAGGUGCACCCUUAAGUAAGCAAUGUGCCCAGUUUGAGGUCCCUUAUGGUAUUCCUGGAGGAGCCUCUCAACAGCAGUUCCUACUCUGAAGAACAUAAACCCAAUCCUUCAAUUAUCUUUGUCUCCCCUCAUUUUAUAUUCCCACUCUUUGGGGGCAUAUAUGAAAAGGGAAGUUAGCCAGCCUCCUGUCUGGCCUUCCUGUGCCAUGUUGGACUUUCUGGGCUUCCAGUCUCCCUACCAGGGCUUGUUCUCAGUUGUAUGCUUCCAGUUCCUUCCUGAAAAGAAAGCAGCCCAGGCUCUGAGGCACACAGGGUUCUCAGACCCUUUUCCGUGGUUCUCCCAGUGCUCUCUGAAUGUUUAGUAGGAGGCAGGUGAGCCUGAGCAAGCUGUGACUGAUAUAUAAAGAGUGAUGCAGAGAUAUUAGACAUGGACAUAUAUACAUACAACUUUAUAUUCGUGUGUGGAUAUAAAACAUGCAACAUGCAACAUCACAGUAGUCUAUAGUUCUGGAAAAUCUUAACUAUUCAUCUUGUAUUUAUGAAAUAUUGAGGAAGAACUUAAAAAAGGAGCUUUCGUCAACAGUUAAAAUUUUUGCAAUACAAUACAAUUGACAGAAACAGCAAUAGCUUUUCUAAUACAGAACCAUGCCAGGUAUAUUAGUCAAGAUUUUCCACCCAUAAGUUGUUUUCAUAAUGAGGUGAAGCAGUUUUUUGUGCAUGUUUAUUUUCUGAAUGCCCAUGCCUAAGCGCUGCCCAAUACUUAUCAUGUUUUAUAUUUCCAUUGAAUGAAUACUGUGCUUUGCUGAAGCACUGAAACUUCAAAGAAAUUAAAAGAUCAUUUAUAAACGAAAGAAAAGCUUCAUUGCUGUUGGUUUCCUGCAUUUUGAGGGUCUUGAAGAAGCAACUGCCUUUUUUAUGUCUGCUCUGUAUGUAUGCCUUGUGUAUCUUUACAGUUUUGCAGUUGCAAUGUUAGCAUGCAGAAAAGGAAGGAACGGCAAAGGUGAGCAGAUUGAACUUCACAGCACAUGUCAGUGCUCUAAAAUGUCACAAUUCCAAAAUAUGCAGGUAUCCGAAUCCAACAAAAAUAUGUUUGACUUAAUAUAUGGGUGUUUUGUUUUAUUUUCUCUUAUCCUCAGAGACUCAUUUUAUAUUCUGUACUGUUAAUGGGAAAUUAAAUGUGUGAUGGCUACAACAAUGCAAUAAUACACUAAUAGCACAAUAUAAUG